AUGGACUCAUUCGCGAGGUAUGCUUCCUCUCAGUGGAUACAAAGUGGCGUCCGCGAGGCCACCAGCAACUUUCGCCACUUCUCCAGCCCGCAUAGAGCACGCAGUGGCACCAGUAAGGGUGCUCCUACGACCGCGCCAACGAUGGAGGUAUUCAAUGAUUAUUUCGAGACGUACGCGGACGCUAAAUCAUUGCAAUUGAGUUUAGAUGCGUCGUUGCCAAGUAUGUUGUCCACCUUGCAGUCGGUCACCACGGAGUCGCUUGUCCCUUUGCAACCUCGCGGCGGCGAGUCCUGGAAUACCGUUGACGAGUUCGACCACCCGCGCGGGCGUCUGCGGGCGGAGACCAGAGGCAGCCACCCAUCCGAACACGCUCAGCAGUCAGCCUGGGUUGGACCUGGUGGCGCCUCCUCAGCGGCCGAGGCGCGGCCGCCAUCUCAGCCCGGAGGCGUUCCGCUGCUCCACGGCCAGCCGCUGACGCCAGGGCAGGAAGGCAUCCCCAUAUGGAAGUCGAGCGGCGGCGAGUCCUGGAAGACCGUUGACGAGUUCGACCACCCGCGCGGGCGUCUGCGGGCGGAGACCAGAGGCAGCCACCCAUCCGAACACGCUCAGCAGUCAGCCUGGGUUGGCCUUGGCGGCGCCCCCUCAGCGGCCGAGGCGCGGCCGCCAUCCCAGCCCGGAGGCGUUCCGCUGCUCCACGGCCAGCCGCUGCCGCCAGGGCAGGAAGGCAUCCCCAUAUGGAAGUCGAGCGGCGGCGAGUCCUGGAAGACCGUUGACGAGUUCGACCACCCGCGCGGGCAUCUGCAGGCGAAGACCAGAGGCAGCCACCCAUCCGAACACGCUCAGCAGUCAGCCUGGGUUGGCCUUGGCGGCGCCCCCUCAGCGGCCGAGGCGCGGCCGCCAUCUCAGCCCGGAGGCGUUCCGUUGCUCCACGGCCAGCCGCUGCCGCCAGGGCAGGAAGGCAUCCCCAUAUGGAAGUCGAGCGGCGGCGAGACCUGGACGACCGUUGACGAGUUCGACCACCCGCGCGGCCGCCAUCUCAGCCCGGAGGCGUUCCGCUGCUCCACGGCCAGCCGCACGCCAGGGCAGGAAGGCAUCCCCAUAUGGAAGUCGAGCGGCGGCGAGUCCUGGAAGACCGUUGACGAGUUCGACCACCCGCGCGGGCGUCUGCAGGCGAAGACCAGAGGCAGCCACCCAUCCGAACACGCUCAGCAGUCAGCCUGGGUUGGCCUUGGCGGCGCCCCCUCAGCGGCCGAGGCGCGGCCGCCAUCUCAGCCCGGAGGCGUUCCGCUGCUCCACGGCCAGCCGCUGCCGCCAGGGCAGGAAGGCAUCCCCAUAUGGAAGUCGAGCAUCGGCGAGUCCUGGAAUACCGUUGACGAGUUCGACCACCCGCGCGGGCGUCUGCGGGCAGAGACCAGAGGCAGCCACCCAUCCGAACACGCUCAGCAGUCAGCCUGGGUUGGCCUUGGCGGCGCCCCCUCAGCGGCCGAGGCGCGGCCGCCAUCUCAGCCCGGAGGCGUUCCGCUGCUCCACGGCCAGCCGCUGCCGCCAGGGCAGGAAGGCAUCCCCAUAUGGAAGUCGAGCGGCGGCGAGACCUGGACGACCGUUGACGAGUUCGACCACCCGCGUGGGCGUCUGCCAGGCAGCCACCCAUCCGAACACGCUCAGCAGUCAGCCUGGGUUGGACCUGGCGGCGCCUCCUCAGCGGCCGAGGCGCGGCCGCCAUCUCAGCCCGGAGGCGUUCCGCUGCUCCACGGCCAGCCGCUGACAGGCGCUCCGCUGCUCUACUGCGUGGCGGGGAGGGCGCUGGCGGAUGCGCCGAGCAGGCCGCGCGGCAUGCCGCGGCGCUCCGCCGCCGAGGCGGGGCUCUCCGCAGGCCCCCUGGGCGAGUGGUCCCUGCCGGCGAGGUCGGCCCACGCCAGGACGGAGCUGGACCGCGCGGCGCGGGCAGGAGCCUCCAGUGGCACGUCUGGGGCCGCUCGGACGUUGAAUAGCAUGCGGGCCCGGUUUUUGGAGCAGGAGCAGCUGCUGGCCGAGGCCGAGCAGCAGGCCCAAGAGGUCACGCGGAAGAUUUGGGAGCAGGAGGCCGACCUGCUGGAGCUGGAGGCUCAGCAGGGCGAGCUCGCGGCCAGCGUGCCAGCGCCGAGCGAGGAGGCAGUGCCCGCCACCCCCGGCGCUCCAGCCGUCACCACGGUCAUGGUCAGCAACAUUCCGAUGGCUGUGGCGCAGAGUGACCUCCUGGCCCUCAUCGAUCAGGCGGGCUUCGCGAACAGGUACGACUACGCGUACAUGCCGAUCACUUUCGAGGCUGGGACUACAAAGGGGAUCGCGUUUGUGAACUUCGCCACCCCAAGGGACGCCCGCGAGUUCUCGCAGCAGUGGAACGGAGCGCGGCUAACUGCAGCUGCCGGAGCUAACACGAAUGGGGCCGUGAUCGAGGUCAGAGCGUCGGCGCUGCAGGGCUACGUAGAGAACACCAGAAGGUGGACUGCGCGCCGGCUGCGCCGCAUGAAGAACCCCGAGUUCCACCCUUUCAUCGCCCCGAGACCAGCUGCCUGGUAA